AUGGCCGACGAACCACGCAGGUCGGGCCGAGCGACCAAAGGCCAGCAUAAGAAUCUCGAACUGUUACAAGAUAUGCCCUCGAAGAAAUCGAAAGCGAAAAGCCAGUCCAGGGAGAAGUCUGCGAAACCUUCCGCCGAACCAACACCAGCCCCGAGUGAGGAGGAAGAAAUCAUUCGAUGCAUCUGUGGCGAAUAUGAGGAAGAAGAGGAUGUUGAGAGGGAUAUGAUUUGCUGUGAUCAGUGCUCGGCAUGGCAACAUAAUGACUGUAUGGGCCUGGAGUUCCCCAAGGGCCAGGAACCUGAUCAGUACUUCUGCGAACAGUGCAAGCCUGAAAAUCAUCGAGAAUUGCUGGAAAAGAUGGCUCGUGGUGAGAAACCAUGGGAAGAAGUUGCGCGACGGCGACAGCAAGAGAUCGAGGAAAAGAAGGCUGCGAAGCGCCGAAAGGGUAAAAAGGGUGGCAAGAAGGGCGGUGCGAGAGCAAGCGAUAUCAGACCUGAAAGUAGUGCUCCAUCGACACCUGCUGCUGCUGCUUCAGAGACACCUGUUGCGCCAUCUGUAUCCGUAGAAAAGGACAAAACUCCGGCUCCCGUCCCUGAUGAGGCGCUUGGAGAUACAAAGCUCAGUGCUCAAAAACGAAAGUUUGACGAUCACAAGGAACCCUCAACGCCUGAUGUUGGUCCCAAACAAAAACAGCAAAGACUAUCAGAGCCGAGGAAGUCCGUUGAGAAAACAAUCAAAGCACAUCCUGCUGACUCUCGAAAGCCUAGCAUCGCUGGUCCGGAGCUUCAAAUAGCGGAGAAGCCUGAGGACAUCAACAGCCAGGCUCGAAGAAAAUGUGCAAGCUUUCUAAUAAGCCUCUUCAUGGACCAAAUCAACGUGGCACAGAAACAACGCACAUACAUUCUACCGUCCGGGAAACAAGCGGAUGAUGUUGGACGACCUCUUGGUCUCUCCAUUGAGCAUGCCAUGUAUAUGACUCUAUGCGGUGGAUCUGGUGAGCCGAACGAUGCCUACAGAAACCAGCUGCGUACAAUCACAUUCAACGUGAAAAAUAAUGCCUCACUACGUGAUCGCUUGCUCACAGGAAACCUCGCUCCCUCCACGCUAGCAACAAUGAGUUCUCAGGACAUGGCUAGCGAGGAACAGCAGCAGAAAGAUGCAGAGAUCAAGAGAGCGGCUGAGAAACAGCAUAUCAUCAUGAAGGAUCAAGGGCCGCGAAUCAGGCGCACACAUAAGGGUGAGGAAUUCAUUGAGGGCGAUGGCCAAGCAGGUACAUCGGAAUCGAUCUUCUCAUCAUCGACUGCCGUUCGUCGCCCUACUAUUGACGAGAAUAGUAUCACUGAAAGUCCAACUGGCACGAAAGGCGCCGUCGGUAGAACACAACCACCAUCCGAGCAUCUUCCAGCAGGGCAGCAACAUGUUGCGUCGAAUGGUGAUGCUAAUCGUGCUCACUCCCCCGGGCCGCCAACUCAGGAUGGUUUGUUUCCCGAAGUGCCUGCUCAUUUACACCAACCUUUCUCCGUAGGUGGCAAGGUCCAGGCAGACGAAGAUAUCGAUAAUCUUCUUAAAGACGAGGAUGUGGAAUCUCCCCCUUAUUCACCAAAGGACUAUCAAGGCAGCAGCGAUGUUUGGUUUGGAAAACUCGUCAUGAACCCCGUCGCAGAGUUCAGCUCCACUGGCAAACACGUUGCUGGUGCUGAUCUCAGUGGUAGAAUACCUUGGGGCCAGCUAGCACCAUCGACCCUUGUCAUCGAUGGCAGAAUUGACGUGGAACUGGCUAGCAAGUAUCUUUGUGGCUUACGAUUCAGCAACUCAACCGACGUGACGGUGGUGGCAAUAGCAGCUCCCCAUCUGCCAAAUGAGCGUGCAGAAUUCGACAAGCUGUUCAAUUACUUCACUGAACGUAAACGGUAUGGAGUGGUGGGAAAACAUCAGUUGGCAGCUGUCAAGGACACAUACGUUAUCCCAAUCGAUGCUGGUGCGAGUGAGAAACCCGAGUUCAUUCAGUUGUUGGAGAACAAUUCGCUUGAAGAUCCAACUCCCGAUCGAAUGCUGCUCAUGGUAUUUGUGGUCAGAACUAGCGAUGUCGUACCCUCCGAGCAAGCGACACCGUAUCAUCCUGGUCAGGACAAGGGCCUUGCAAUGGCCGCUGCCAGUCCACUGAACUUGACGCCUUUUGCUCAGAGUCAAGCACAGUAUGUAUCACCUUCACCCGGCACGCGGCAAGGCUCACAGUCAAUACCGCCCACGAACCUGGCCGGAUCACCGCCUUUGAAUGACAAGGCCAUGUCGCCCUCUUCUCAGCAGCUUCUGCAACAAGGAGUGAGUGCGGUGCCUCAGCCAAUUCAAGCGCAGCAGCAAGGACAGAUACCCUCGCUUCCAUCUACACACCCACAUCAGCCUUUGCUAGUUGGGCCUGCGGCUGCAGCUCACGUACUCGGUGCUCAAUCAAAGGCACCGGCAAUCCAAGAACUUUUGCAAAAAGCUCCAUCAGCGGACGUUGCACAGUUGAAAAUCGUUCGUGAAAUCCUCAAUCAAAAUCCGGCUGCUGCCAAUGACUAUCCAGCUUUGAUGGAUUCUAUCCAACAGUAUACGUCUUCUUCAUCUGGUAGACAAGCUCAGCCAGCUCCUGGGUUAUAG